CUCUUCCAAAAAUUCUCAAUAUCUGAUUCUCUUUCUUUCUUGGCCUUUGGCUUUUUUGCAGCAAUGGAGUACCAGAGAAAAACCAUCAUCACAAAACUUGUGAAAUCAUCCAAAUUUCUCCCCAAAGUUAUUCGCAUUUCGGUGACGGAUCAAGACGCCACAGACUCUUCUAGUGAUGAAGAAGGAGAACAUGCAAGAGUGAAGAAAGUGAUUAAUGAGAUAAAGAUUGUUUGUGUCAACAACAAGAAAAAUCACAAAAAUCACGACAACGACAGUAGUUGUUGCUAUGCAAAUGCAACCAAAGAGAAUGAAAGUCUCAGACCACAACAACAAAACAUUAAUCCAUUAAAUAAGGUGGGCUACAUGAAUCAGAAUCAAAAUCUCAAACAGCACAAGUUUCGUGGCGUGCGGCAACGGCCCUGGGGCCGGUGGGCAGCCGAGAUAAGAGACCCUACGCGGCGGACGCGAGUGUGGCUUGGCACGUUCGACACGGCUGAAGAGGCUGCCAUGGUUUACGACAAAGCCGCUAUUAAAUUCAGAGGCGCUGAAGCCGUCACCAAUUUCAUCAAACCGCGGUUGAAAGAUCACGAGUCAGUGUCCCUUGAAUGUGACAGUGUUGUCAACGGAACGAGUUCUGCGUGUGCUUCACCCACUUCUGUUCUCGUGUUUCAGCCUUGGAUAGAACCACCGUUAUUGGAAGAAACGUUCAAAGAAGAAGAAGUGUUUAAUGGGUUAACUACUGAUGUUUAUUGUGAUGAUGGGUUCUUGUUUUCCAAUGAAGCACUCUGUGAUCAACCUCUUCCUACGACGUUUUGUAAUGUUGAUUGCAUUGAUAUUCCGUUGGAUGAAGAUCUUGAGUCAUGUAAAUGGGACGUAGAUAAUUAUUUCAGUGAUGAUGCUUCAUGGAAACAAUGAAUUAAAGAUGUGGAUUUCUAACAAACCGUUUGGAAGUGAGUGAGAAUUUUCUUAGUCUGAUUGAGGGGACUGAGUGAGUAAGUGUUAAUUUAUGACUUUAGUUUUUUGAGGAAAAAGUUGCAUCUUUGUGUUUAGUAUAUUCAAAAAGAUGUUUGUUUAUCUAUGUUCAAUGAAGGAAUUUGUAAAUAAGAAGACUACAGUGUUCUUAACUGUCAACUCCCAAGUUUUGAAUUUUUUUUUUGUGGGAUA